UGGCAACUAGCCCAUUACGCGCCUUUUUCUGUAGUUUAUGUUUGGUAUUUUGUUACUGUCGGAGGAAAACCGCGAAAGCAGGCGAAAGUUGCUCUGCAGUGUGAUCGUGUGAUGUGCCCAGAAACACGAUGAGUACUCAAAAACAAACAGCGCUCACACGUUUCUACAGCGCGAAGAAACUCGGAGUGAGUGCCACCGGCAAGGAAAAAUGCAUCGCCAACGUCGCCACGAAAAAGAUCGAGACACUGCAGAUCGCCUCUCCGCUCGUCGUAAGUGGCUACGAUUACGUUUCUUCGGCGCCAAAGCGACGUUGCGUCGGUAGCAGUGUCUUACUAAAAGCGCCGACACCGCCUGCGAAACGUUCUCCCAUUUCUGAUUUAACGACUGCGUGCAAACGACAGCGACUUCAAAAUGAAGUGGAAACAUCGCCGCUUUGUUUACCGAAGGACGCAAUGGACAGUCCCAAAAAAGUACCUUUGGCGGGUGCUGCAGGGAAGGCUCAAGAAACAUCAGCUCCCGCGGGUCGAAAAUGUUCCCCCGUGCUUAAAUUGGCAGCAGGUUCGGGCCGCCUGAAAGAGUUGCACGCACGGCUUGAGGUCAUUGAGAAGGCUCGUGCUAGCUUAAGUAAAACAAAGCAAAAACCAGGUGCAAAGCUCGUUAAAGAGUCCGCGCCUGACCAAGGAGCCUACGUACGUUACCAUCACCUGAUCGAGCCUCAGUCGCCGAGUCUGACCCUUCCCUACAGCUACAAGCAACUGGCUGAAGCAUUCCGCUGCUGCGACACAGUCGUCAGCAUGCUGUUUAACCGGAAAGAAGUCUGCACUUUCGACAAACUCAAACCCGCGGUGGAAGAGAUGUCCAAGAGACGGUUCAGCAAGGAGAAAUUGGGUCAGAUUAAGGCAGUCUACCCCGGCUCUUACACCUUUAUGCAAGAAAAGCUACAACGACGUGGUGCAGAGAGCAAAGACGCCUACCAACUGGUCGUAUCUCCGCAGCUUACAGUGGAAGCGUCUGCUGCGAAGACAAUGAGUCCCACCUGUCUCCUGGAUCGCAGGAAGCUGUUCCAUGACCUCUUGCUCUCGCUAGUGAUGCGGCACCACCAGGCGUACCUGUCCACCCUGAGCCCACCGGUGACUGUCCCGUCCAGCGCAAUCACCCGUUGGCACCCCAAGUUUCCGCUCGACGACGUUCCCCCCGUUUCACCGGCAGUGCUGCCCGAGUGUCCGCUGGAGAAAGGCAGUUCUUCGGCACAGGAUGUGCUGAACAAUGUCAAAGGGAGGCUGAAUGAACGCGUAGAGAAGGCACUGCAGGGGCUCGCUCAGAAGCAGAAGGGACAGCAGCAAGUCAGCGUCUCGGCUGUUCCAUCCGAUGCAGUUUCUACGGCACGACUGAAGGGAGUUUCCGAAGACUUGCUUGCCCGCAUCAGGGCAAGAGAGGCAUUCAAGCUGGUGCAACAGAUGACGAUCCGUCCAGAAGAUGAAAAAGAACGGACGCGGCUCUCGCACUUGCCGGAGCUGAUCCGCAUCACACGUUCGCUGUUCCUAGCAGAACAGAAAGCGGCCAUUUCAAAGAAUCUGCUUGUGCAGAAGGUGAAGGAAAGCUUCUCGUCCGUCCUCGCCAUGUCCGAGGUCGAGGAGUUGGUCGAGCUCGCUUCGAAGGUACUGCCGGACUGGUUUAGGGUGCUCGUGACCCAGCGGGGAACGUUUGUCAAGAUCGUCAAAGAGAAAGACGUUAAUGCACUUGUGGACAGGGUCACAAAGAAACUUGCUGCGUAAUACCAAAUGUUAAGUCUGACUGACUGUUUGCGUAUAGAGUGUAAAAAGCUGCAUUGGUGUGAACGUUCGACACCUGCGUGUUAAAAAUGUCUUUGUUCAUGGCCCUUUUUUUUUUUUCUCCAAGGCUAAAUGAUUGUUGUAUUUGGAAAUGAGCAGAACGUGCUUUUAGCACAAUUCAGGAAAUUAGUAGGGAAGAUACAGUGGUGAUACCAUAGGGGGCUUAUUCGCUGAUACAAAGCAGGAAAAACGAAAAACCAAAGUUUUGAAGUAACCAUUCUCCUUUUUUUGAAAGUGGACAUAGGCAUGAUGUGAGAACUCGUUGAGUAUGUCAGACAAGAGUACACAAGGAUGUUGAACCUUCGUUCCAUUGUGUCAUUCUGUAUCAUUCCUAUGUCUUUUUCUGUGGAUUAGUGCAUGUUGGUAUGCCUUAGAGUGGAAAGAGUUUUAAACCUUUUAGAUUGAAAAUAAUUUUUGAUAGCUCUGCUUUUUUUUUUUUUAAUGAAGCUCAUGUUGUACUGUCAUUGUACUCAAACCUUUUAGUGCUGUAUAUGGUCAUUUGACGUGUUAUGCAUCACGGAAUAAAACUUUCUCAAUUUCUUGCAAA